UCUAAUAGCAGAAGACAUUUUUGUAAAAAAAAAACAACAAAUAGAAGUAUAGUCGAAUUAUCUUCUCAUUUUUCCGAUUUUUGCAAAUAAUUAAUAAGUAAAACUCGUGUCUAUUGAAGGAAUAUAAUAAAUAGUUUUAUAAGUGUAUUUAAUUUAAAAAAAACAAAGAAGAAACGACCAGAAAUCUUUAGAAGUAGUCUUGCCAAUUUACCCGCCAAAAAAAUCGGUAUGAAUUCCGAAAGUGAAAAUGAAUUAAAUGAUAUAAAUAUUAGUAAUUCUGAGGAAAAUGCCUUAGAAUUGCAAGAAGAAAAUGAUUCAGCGCCACAAAUUGAAGAAGAAGUUCGAGAAAAAUUAGUCCAAUUGCCUUUGGGAAGAAUUAAACAUAUCGUUAAAAUGGAUCCUGAAGUCAAUCUUGUUAACCAAGAAGCUAUUUUUCUAAUUACUAAAUCUACAGAGCUGUUUAUAGAAUCACUUGCAAGAGAGGCUUAUAAAUACACGUCACAGUCAAAAAAGAAAACAGUACAAAAACAUGACAUUGAAAGUGCCAUUGACAAUGUAGACGCUCUUGUUUUCUUAGAGGGAGCAAUGUAAGGAUGUAUAUUAAUGAAUCAUUUACUAUUUAUAUUUUUCUACUUUAUUCUAAGUGUUAAAUGCUUGUAAAAUAAAAAAAAUUUUCAAUA